CCCUCAUUCACACGGCGAGAGCGGGUCGGGUCGGGCCCGGCCCACUCGCCGGAUACCCGGCGUGGGCUCCGGAAGGAAGAGGCGCUGAGAGUCGCGGAAGCACCGGAGCCGCGGCACAAUGGCGCGGGCCAAGGCAGCAGUGGUGCUGUGCAUGGAUGUUGGCUUUUCAAUGAGUGGUUCGGCACCAGGAGAAGAGUCUCCUUUUGACCAAGCAAAGAAACUGAUAACAAUGUUUGUGCAGCGGCAGGUGUUUGCUGAAAGUAAAGAUGAAGUUUCCUUGGUUUUGUUUGGCACAGAGAACACUGCAAAUUGUCUUGCCAGUGGAGAUCAGUAUCAGCAUAUUACUGUGCACAGACAUCUGAUGCUGCCAGAUUUUGAUUUGUUGGAAGACGUGCAAAAUGUGAUUCAGCCUGGCUCUGGACACGGGGACAUACUCGAUGCUCUCAUUGUGUGCAUGGACUUGCUUCAAAAGGAAACAAUAGGGAAAAAAUAUAAUAAACAACACAUUGAGGUGUUUACUGAUCUCAGUAGUCCCUUCAGUGAGGAUCAACUGGAUGUUAUCAUUGCUAACUUGAAGAAAACGGGGAUCUCGCUUCAGUUUUUCUUGCCAUUUCCAGCAAAUGAUGAAGGUGGAAGUGGGGACGCAAUUGGUGAGGCACCCUCUAAGAGGAACCAGAACCCUUUUCCAAGAAAGGGGCUAAAUGAGCAGCAGAAAGAAGGCCUCCAAAUGGUGAAGAAACUCAUGUUAUCACUAGAUGAAGAAGAAGGCCUGGAGGACAUUUACACUUUCAGAGAGAGCCUGGAGCGGCUUUCAGUAUUCAAGAAGGUUGAACGGACACCCAUGCCUUGGCCCUGCCUGCUUACAAUUGGUUCUAAAUUGUCUAUAAGGAUUGUGGGCUAUAAAUCAUUCACUGAAGAGAAAGUGAAAAAAACUUGGACAGUUGUGGAUGCCAAAACUCACAAAAGAGAGGAUAUACAGAAAGAAACAGUUUACUGCUUGAAUGAUGAUGAUGAAACUGAAAUUCAGAAAGAGGAUGUUAUUCAAGGAUUUCGAUAUGGAAGUGAUAUAGUCCCUUUCUCUAAAGUGGAUGAAGAGCAGAUGAAAUACAGGACAGAUGGAAAAUGUUUUGCCGUCUUGGGGUUCAGCAGGUCAUCUCAGAUCCUGAAACAUCACUACAUGGGGAAUCAGGUUUUGAAAAUCUUUCCAGCAAAGGAUGAUGAGGCUGCAGCCGUGGCUCUUUCCUCCCUGAUUCAUGCAUUGGAAGAAUUAGAUAUGGUGGCUAUAGUGCGUUAUGUUUAUGAUAGAAGAUCUAAUCCACAGGUUGGAGCAGCCUUUCCAUUAAUUAAGAGUGACUAUGAGUGUUUGGCAUAUGUGCAGCUACCCUAUAUGGAAGAUUUGAGGCAAUACUUGUUUACCUCUUUGAAAAACAAUAAAAAGUAUACACCAACAGAGGAUCAGUUGUGUGCAGUUGGCUCUCUGAUUGAUUCCAUGAGCUUGGUUUAUGAGGAUGAGAGUGAAGGGACAACCAAGGAUAUAUUCAAAAGCAACAAAUUUCCAAACCCCCAGUUCCAAAGACUGUACCAGUGCCUACAGUAUAAGGCGUUCCAUCCCGAUGCACCUCUUCCCCCUAUUGAAAAACACCUCCUGGACAUGUUGGGAACACCUCAAGUCGUGACAGAAAGAUGCCAGGCUAACCUUGAAAAAGUGAAAGCCCAGUUUCCUUUGAAGGAUGUGGGCAAAACAAAAGAGCAAAAGACAGCUCAGCAUAUCUUCAAAGAUCAUAAUGAAGAUGGGCCAAAUGCUAAAAAGGCAAAAACAGAAAACAAUGGUGACUUUAGCAUUGCAAGCCUUUCUGAAGGCAAAAUCCUCACAGUUGGGAGCGUUAAUCCAGCAGAAAACUUCAGAGUGCUUGUGAGGCAGAAGAAUGCUGACUUCAGGGAAGUCAGCCAGCAGCUGAUAAAACACAUUAACCAGUUUUUGGAAAACAGAGGGUCUCUGUACUAUAUGAAGAGCAUCAAAUGCAUAAAUGUUUUCAGAGAGGAAGCUAUUAAGCUGUCAGAAGUCCAGUGCUUUAAUGAUUUUCUGGAGGACCUGAAAAAAAUGGUGGAAGAUAAAAACUUAAGAGAUUUCUGGGAGAUUAUAGUACAAGAUGGAAUUUCCCUGAUCACCAAAGAAGAAGCUGAAGGAAGCUCUGUGACAGCUGAAGAUGCAAAAAAGUUCCUGGCUCCCAAAGAAGCACCCAUGGCAGCUUCACCAGUUGCAGAUGAAGGUGGUGAUGUUGAUGAUCUACUGGACAUGAUUUAAAUGGGCAGACAACAUCUGGGAAUCUGUGGCUCUGAAGAUGUCUCUAAGAUCAAGAAAAAACAAUAUUAUAUGAUAAAGGUGUGGACCAGGAAGAUCUUCUGGGGACAGGGAAUCAGUUCCAGAGAGCAGGAACCAAUUCCAAGGAUAUUGCCAGCAUGAUAUAAAUCUCUGUUUUCUGUUUGUUGCAUGGCCUGAGAACAAUUGUCAACACAAGCCAUUAUGUUGAACUGACUUAGACUUCUGUUAGUAAGAUGAAUCCAUAUUCAUUGCAAUUUCAUACCUGUUGCUGCGAGAAGUCAGUCAUAGCUAGAUUCACAAGAGAUUGUAAUGGUUUAACUUCACUGCCUGGAGUAGGAGUACCUUUGGAGUGAAAUCCCAGUGCAUUUUCAUAUAUAGAAGUGUGUCUGUACUUUUCAGCACACUGAGAAAAAUGUUGUGUUUUGGUGGCUACCAUACAUGCCUGAAAUACCAUUUCAAAUAGUUGAACCCAUAAAUUGCAACCUAGCAAGGACUCCAGAAUUGUGAAUGUUUGCCUGUCUACACUAAUUUGAGCACCUUCUAGAUAUUUGGGCAGCUUCUAGAUUAACUGAGGACAGUUAGCAAGUUAAGCGCAAUCCCAUGCAUGUUUAGAGAAAAAAAGGAUCUACCACUUCCAGUGUUCCUCAGCCUACUAACUGAUGUAAGAUACUUUCCUGGCUAAACGUGCAUAGAAUUAUGCUCUUAGGAGGCGUCUUUGGUAAAAAAUUGGUAAGCUCCAUUUUCUGCCUAAAAUGGAGCUGAAUGUAAUGAAUAUAUAAACUGAAUAUAGUGAAUUCAAAUGUAUGGUUUUUCAAGCUCAAUUUUGUCGUUUUUGUACUUUAAAUUAAAAAGUGGCAUCUGAAAUUGAUUUUUUUCUUUGUAACAGACUAACCUUGCAACACAAAUGUCUUGCUAAUCAGAACAAAAUAAAAUAGUUUUAUAUGGAUUUAUAAAUCAUUUUAAGUAAAUGUAAGUACAAGUUGAACGUAC